AUGAAAUUGUUGCCCUACAAAACAGUAAAUCAACAUUUUCACGUUUUUCUAUUCAGGAAAACAGAAGAUAACUCAGUACUCCCAUUAAUUGUUGAAAAUAAAGAUCCAAUAUUUGACAACAAAAGUAAAGUUGAACUUCUACAAAAAAUUUUCUUUGGAGGUAGCCACCUAAAGGAUGAGUCAUUUGAUAAAGAAUUUUAUGAUAGUAUCAACAAAGAAUACAAAGAACUAAAUAACAUGUAUCAGGCAGCAAAUGAAACAGAUCAACAUAGAGAAGGCUUUGAUAGAGAAAUAGACAAAGACGAGGUAGAAGCAGCUAUAUACCGCCUUCGCACGGGGACUGCCCCAGGACCAGAUCAGCAGUUUGCUGAAUUCUAUAAGCAUGCAGGUGACAAAUUUACAGAAGCCUUAGUAACAAUGAUGAACAUCAUAUGGCAAAAAGGGGAAUUACCAACAGAAUGGAAAAUGGCAGAUGUAAAAUUUCUAAGAAAACCAGGAAAAACCAGCUAUUACUCAUCCUCUUCUUACAGACCAAUCAGCCUAACUUGCAUUAUAUGCAAACUAAUGGAGAGAGUCAUCCUAGAACGCAUUGUGGCAUAUAUUGAGGGUCACAGAUUGAUUGAUUUAACUCAAGAAGGGUUCAGAAAGAAUCACUCAACCACCAAUGCUCUACUUCGGUUAGUCCAAACAAUAGCUGAUGGUUUCAAUGAGGAUGAAUCAACUCUUGCAUGGCUAGUGGACCUUGAAAAGGCAUAUGACUCAAUAUGGCGUGAGGGGUUAAUGAUCAAGCUGCAUAAACUUGGGAUAAAGGGAAAGACCUGGUUAUGGAUAAACAGCUUUCUCACAAAUCGAACAGCCAGAUGUAUGCUGAAUAACUUCUUUGGAGAACAAUUUGAUACCAAAAUCGGCUUGCCACAAGGGUCAGUACUUUCACCCACCUUGUUUAACAUAUUCAUAGCUGAUAUAAUGGAUAACACAAAAGGAGAAAAUUGCAAGUUUGCAGAUGAUGGCACUUUAUGGCAUAAGGGGAAAGACAUAAAGGAAAUGAAAGAAAGAACUUCAGAGGAUGUCAAAACUAUUUUAAAAUGGACAGAAAAAUGGAGAAUUAAUGUAAACCUGGAAAAGUGUGAAGUAUGCCUAUUCUCAAAAGGCAACACAGAUGCAGAGCAGAAAACAUUAAAAGUCAACUCCUUCUCCUAUAGAUAUAGUCCAACACCAAAGCUACUUGGAGUAACUCUAGACGAGAAGCUUAAAUUUGACACCCACAUCAAUCUGAUGCAGAAGAGGGCAAAUAAUGCAAUAUAUGUAAUUAGAGAUAUUAAGGGCAUGGGAGGAAUAUCAAGAUCAAAACUACUUCAAAUAUACAACAGCAUGGUUAGAUCUAUCAUGGAGUAUGCAUGCCCAGUCUGGCAAAUAACAUCUGCAGAGAAUAUGAAGAAAUUAGAAGCUGUACAAAGAAAAGGCUUGUCAAUAUGCCUAGGACUACCAGGAACAUCAGGUAGAGAGGCAAUGGAAGUUGAAGCCAACAUACAACCCAUAGACCUCAGAAUAGAGGAAAUAUCAGUACGUGAACUGGCAAAAAUACAAUCAAAGAACAUAGCAGAACCAAUUAAACAACAACUAGAACAGUAUUUAACAAACAACGCAACCUAUGAACAACAGGACUCUCCAUUUGGUAAAGCUAUAAACCAAUCCAUAGACAUGUUCAAAGCCACAAAAGUUGACAUCAAACUUAUAGAACCAGAAUUCACAUACAAAGCUGGUGUAGAUGUCAUGCUAAGGAGAUCACCAAGUUAUUGGAGUCGCCUAGGUAGCUCAAAGAACAGAACAGCCGAACAAACUGUUGAAAGUAAACAGGUUGUAAAGGACCUAUUAGGAGACAGCACAGACUCAACAGUAGUGGCAUUCACUGAUGGUUCAUGUCAAGGUAACCCGGGACCAUGUGGGGCAGGAGCAGUAGUAUAUUCUGGAAAUAGCCAAGGCAUAAGUCUAAAGAGGCCAGUAGCUAAUAGAGGAUCGAUACUUCUUGCUGAACUAGUAGCCAUACUAAUGGUCCUGGAGCACUGUAUAACAACUAUAAAGGACCAGUUUUCUGAGCUUAAAAUACUGUCAGAUAGCCAGACUGCUGUAGGCAUCUUGACUCUGAACUGGAAAUCUUCUAACUACAUCGACACAAUUACUGAUAUCAAAGAAUGCAUGGGAACGCUCUUAAGACACGGCAUACUAACAACCCUAUCUUGGAUCCCAGGCCAUGCUAAUAUAGCCGGGAACGAGAUAGCGGACCAGUUGGCAAAAGACGCUGCAAAAGAGGCCUCAUCACUAAAUGAUCAGUAUAAUGUCAUAACCAUGUCAGAUGUAAGAUGUGCAGUCAAGAUGUCUACAAAACUCAAAUGGCAAAGCAGAUGGACAAUUAGUGAAACUGGAAGACAGCUUUUCAACCUAAUUCCUAUCGUUGGUAAGGACGCACAACUAGACAAGCCUAACAACCAAAUAGGAAGAAUAUUGUCAGAAAUAAGAACGGGCUACAGCAGACUUAACAAAUACAGAAACCAAAUCGGUCAAUCCCUCACGCCAUAUUGUGAAUGCGGAGAAGAAGAAACAUCAGAACACUUCCUGCUAUACUGCCCAAGAUACCAACAAGAAAGAGAGGACAUGCGAAGACAAAUGGAACUACUUAACAUCGAUCCAACAAAUAUACAGUCAAUACUAGCACCACCAAAAAGAGAAACCUACGAAGCAACAUCGCAAAUUGUAGGGGAAUAUAUUACAAAAUCAGGGAGAUUCCAAGAACUUGCAAUCCCUGAUUCCCGAUCCUGCGCCUAA